AUGGCUGGUCCAUCUAAUGCAAAAGGAUCAACUUACAUUCAAGUAGAUGUUCAUUACGAUGGAAUGUUUUCCCCCAUUCCUCAUCUUAUAUACUACCUGAAUCAAAAAACGUCAAUUACAGAUGUCGAUUUUGGUGGAUUAAAUUUCAAGGAGUUCAUUCAUGUUCUUGAGGAUGUCACAAAGGGGAAGUGUCCUGUUGUCUACUACUGUCUUGGGCAUAAGUCAAUGCGUGAUGGGUUGACACCACUGAAAAACGAUGAUGACUACAGGAGGUUUCUUGAUGUUGCACAUGGUAACGAGGGAAAGAUUAAUGUAUAUAUUGAUCACUACAACGAUUCGGUGCUUGACUGGAUAGAGGAAGAAAAGGAAGAAAAAAAUGUUGAUAGUGAAAGCUCUGAUGAAGAUAAAGACUCGGUCAUGUCUGAUGCUCUAUCUGUUGAUCAUGAACCCGAUGAAGAGGUAAUACCAUUGACUAAAUCUGAUGAUCCCUUUCUUAACUAUAUUAGUGUUGUCCCUAGAGAUGAGUUUGUUGAUGAGGAUGAUGAUUCAGAUAAUGGAACCAAAGAAGCCCCAAUUUACCCUUAUCAUGACUCAACUCAGAAAUGGGAUACAAUGCAACCCAUCCUUGGUAUGAGGUUUUGUAACCCUCAAGAACUUAAAAGAUUACCUGGCAGACCUAAAGUCAACAGGAAGAAGGCUGCUUCAGAAAAAGAAGGUCGUCAUACUAUUAGCAAGAAAGGGGCUAUUACAAAAUGCAGCAUCUGUAGAGAACCAGGACACAACAAAAUAACAUGUCCAUUGUCCAAAGAAGGACCAAGUACUAAAGCCAAAAAGAAGAAGGGUAAACAUGUUCCUGAUGUUGAGGAUGAGUCUGAAUUUGAGAUUGAAGAGAUGGAUGAAGUUGAAAAUGAGUAUGAAUCUGAGAUUGAAGAGCUGGCUGAAGAUGGUGAUGAACCUGAUCAGGGACAAGUUGAGGAACCUGCUGCACAACCCGUUGUUGAAGUUGAACAAAGAGCACAACCAUUGAAGAGGAAAAGGAAAUACUCAGAGAGGAUCACUAAAGUGGCAUUAAGUAGGGUGGUCAACACCAAGGAUGGAUGUGGUUUAAGUGUGAAUAAACCUGUUACACUGGAAUGA